AUGAGGCCAAACAGGGGAGCGAGGAGGAACAGCAACUCAUCUUCGACAAGGGAGCGACCCCCGGGCUCGUAUGCGUUCGAACAAGUAGCAUCUCCAUCUGGGUCUCGCCCUUCGAGGCUCUCUCCCUCUGGAGUUUCAGUUCUGGACCGCGAGCUCGUGACCGAAGAAGACCUCACUUUGUUCGAUAACCUGCAAAUCUCCUCUCCAGACCCUAACCCCAGGAGCUUCCCUUACAGUGUGAAGCAGCAAUGCUGGAACAAUGCUGAGAAAGUCAAAGGUCGAGACCCCGAUCGUUGGCGUCGAGACGCUCUGGGCAACAUCGUCUUCCGGAAGCUCGUGGGAUGCCCUGGCUGCCUCUGUCACGACUAUGACCACAUUAUUCCUUAUUCAAAGGUACUAAAUUGUUUCAUCUCUCCUCUUAGUGUAUUUUCCCCGGGGCUUGAGUUUGGUGCUAGUUGUGCUAUUAUUAGCGCUUUUCUAUUCAUUGCUAUGUGGGUGUGGCUCCUUUUCCUCUACCGUGAUUGGGGGGGAAGAGCACAUUGGAAAACUGCCAAGUUUUACAGGAAAUGA